AUGCGGGCCGGAGGCGCACUAGGGACAGGUAACAGGGAGCUCAUGGCCUCAGUGGGCGCCGGCGCGAGGCUGGCCAUCGCCGAAUACCAGCACCGGUUCACGGACUCGAGCCUCAAGCCAACCACAGCUGACAUCGACCUAAACAUGGAUGGGCAUGCAAGGUCGAGGGAGAGUGCUUUCACGCACGCCAUAACAGCGGCCGGCGUGGCCCUGGCAGUGUCGAGGGGCUGCUGCGGCGGAGCCCAGGCCAGCACGCCCACUGGCUCUGGGACGGCUGCGGGGAUGACCUACGCCACGGCUACCGGUCAG